AUGGAGCAAGCUGGGCUCUCGGUGGAGCCUGGUCCUUUGAGCCACCUGGAAGCAGAGCACCAGCUGAAUUUUGACCCCAAUACCGACCACGAGGCCGAUGGUUUUGACUUUGGCCUCGAUGUGUCGUAUGACCAGGUCGAGCAGGACGUUGGUGGAUCUGACAUUGGCAAUGGGGACCACGUGAAUCUUGACGUUGAGAUUGGCUUUGAAGAUGAGGAAGGCCAGGCCGGUAAGGCGGGUCACGAACAAAAGUUUCAUGCCACCGAGGUGGCCCAGAUUUCUGGCCAAGACACCGAGGUCGAUGUCGAGGCUGGAGGGGAAUAUGAGGAUGAAAUUGGAUACGAGGAUGAUGAUCCCAAUGCCACCGACAUCCGUAUUGACUUGGAAACUCUAGAGCCUUCCGGAACCGAUAAUGGGCAGGAAACUGCUUUGGCGGAUGACGGGCAAGAGUCUAAUCAGUUGGCCGAAAACGCCCAGCCUGAGACAUUUAUUCAAGUGAAGGAUGAGGUUUCGCACCACACUGAACCCGAGGAUUAUGGUGAGGGCUUGAACCCACAAGAUGACUCGGGUGAUGUCGAUAAAGAGAAUCAGGCCAUUUCCGACAGCGGUCACGACGCUAUCGAUGAGGCAGCUCACGAGGAGUAUGUUGCGGAUCAGCACGACGAACCACAUUCGGCCAUGAGUGAUAUGGACAAAGCCGUCCAAGACCUUGCGCACUCGCUCGCCGGGAUUCCCAACGUGGCAGUUGUAUACAACGAAGAAACCUACUCUCUAUUCGGGGCCCCGGAUGACGAUCCAGACACUUACUUCCUAGAUGACAUAACACAGCUGGACAGCCCACUGUCGGAGUUCCUUUCCUGCCUCCGUCACGUUGUAGCUCACGAAAUGUCGCCCGCGGAUGAGCUGGUAAUCCGCAUCGACCCUCUUGGUCUCGAGUUCGGAGAGCGGUCAUCGGAGAAGUUUUUGACUCGCAGUUUCCGUGAAAUUCUUGACUGCCAUAGUGCGUUAGAAAAGCAGGACCCCGUUGUCCAGCUACUGGUCCGGCGGGACAGCGAAGAGCACUUCCUCGAACUCCUGUCCGUUGCCGGGCUCAUUGAUGAGUCUGAUUACUCGGAGGAUAUUGAGGCAUCCGAAAUGCACGGCGAACUGGCGGGAGCCAACCCGCCGACCGAGGGUCAAGAGCAACAUGAACCGUCUGAGGACGGAGACUCGGACGAGCAGUCUGCCGAGGAGCAGGAUACUCUUGAAACUGCAAAUGAUGGUGUCACUGCUGCACAAGCCUUUGAGGACAAGCGUGAUUCUGAGCUCGAAGCAGGCUCCGGUUAUGGAAAUGCGGCAGGAGAACAGAACGAUCAUCAAAUCGAGACCGAUCAAUUGGAUUCCUCCGGUGCCCCGCAGGACGACUUGGAAGAUGACUACCUUGCGACGCACUCUCACCUGAAUGAACAUGCUGAGGAGGGUGCAAAUGAAGAGCAAGGCUGGGUCAGCCAAGCGGUAGAGCCGCAAACGACAGCUGCGCAACACUCCGAGCUCCCGCUGGAGACAUCUGACAGAUCCCAUAGCGCGCAGACGGCUGGCGAUGAGUCUGGUGGAACUGCAAAUUUCGGUGCCGGAGAAGCAAUUGCCUCCCCUUCACAUGACGGGUAUGGACAGGAGACAGGCUCAAAUGGUAAAUACCUUUCAUCCUCUUCCCCGACAUAUCAUGAUUCCCCACACCAUGGAGAAGUUGCCGAGUUGCUUUCCCCUCAGGACGUUGAGAUCGAGGAUCUUUCCGUCGUCGAAAUGAACCAUGAGGAGACACCAAUCUCGGCGCUUGAGGCAAGCCAAGCAUCGGCACACACAUCCCAAUCGGUUGUUACAGGGACGCAGACUCUUUCCUUGGACGAUGAUUUCUUUACGAUUGACUACUCAGAUGAUGAUUACGAGGCCUGUCCUAUAUCCCAAUCAGCACACACAUCCCAACCUGCCAUUACACGGACGCGGGCCCUUUCCUUUGACGAUGACUUUUGGAAGAUUGAGUACUCGGAUGACGAAUACGACGCAUGUCCUGUAUCGUCAAUGACGAGUCAAGGUGCCCCUCAGGGUAGUUCCCGUUCUGGGCCCUCGUCAUCGUCGCGGCCUCCGGUUGUAGCUUCGGGAGUUGUAACGAACAGCAACCUGCAGGGCAAAAACCCAACCACUCUCACGCUUGCUGGCAAUUGUUCAGACUUCAACGUGGCUACUUUAUCUUACAAUGAUGCUGACAUGCUUCCCCAAGAAGAUAACUACCUCGAUCUCGCAUUCGAUGAAGAUCCUGGCCCGGAUCUGUCGUCGAUUCACGAACAGGAAGGGGAUGAACACGUUGAAUAUUCGAUUACGUACGACCGGAACGACAAUGAAAGCGCUGGUGCCGAAGUUGCAGUUAGCAUUGCUGAGUCGCAUAUUGCCGAGGAUGCCAGCGACUCUGCCAGUAACAAUUACCAGAACGUAACUCAUAUUGCUGCAGUCACGGAAACGGCAUCGAUUCAAACAAGCGCUACUUUCGACGGCGAUGAAAUUGACUAUGAAGAACAUGACACGGAGGACAACUCUCUCACGCUGGCAAAUGGCGAUGCAUUGCCACCAGUGACAGCUUCUGGGGGCGAAAAUGACGAAAUUGAUUGGGAGAACGACGAGGACGAUUACGAGCAGCCGGCGAUUGCAAAUGACCUCGAGGACGAUGAACGCAAAGACAUUACUUUGAGCCCAUCCAGCCUCGCUGGUAAACGAAGCAGGACUGACGAUGAGGAGAGUCUGGCCGAGGAGACCGGUACGCUGGGUUUCCCGCCUCUGAAGAAGUUGCGCGUGGACUGA